AUGGAAGGUUGCCUCAAGCUGGAGCUGAAGAAAUAUGACAUCCGAUUAUUGGAGAAUUUUCUUAUGACAAAUUGGGAGAGGCUUUUGCAAUUGCAACUUGUAAGGGCCAAAAGAAAAGCUGCAAAAAUGGGUUCCGUUUCUCUUCUAAAGUGCUACAGGCCCUUCUUCUCUACGCUUUUUCCUAGCUCCGCUCCACCCAGACCCCACGCCGCCAUCUUCAGGACGAAGAAACCGCCGUCCUUCUGCGCAGCCUCAUCUCCGCCGUUGACAGCGGAGAAGGAUUGCAGAAAAUCCGACGCCGCCGGUCUCACCUUGACGAAUUCCGCGCCGGAGGUGUGGCUGCACAACACCAUGUCUAAAACGAAGCAACUCUUCGAGCCCAAAGUGAAAUCCAAAGUGGGAAUGUACGUUUGCGGCGUCACCGCCUACGAUCUCAGCCAUAUUGGACAUGCACGCGUCUAUAUCAAUUUCGACCUUCUUUACAGGUUUCUCUCUUCUCUUCGCACACGUUUAAGUCAUUCAUACCCUCUAUUUCGAUUUGGUACUAAUUGGCUUUCUCCGCUUGGCAAUUGGGCAGAUACUUCAAGCAUUUGGGAUUUGAAAGCAAAAGAGUUAGGAGAAGAUCCAAUCAGUUUGAGCAAGCGCUAUUGUGAAGAGUUCUGUCGAGACAUGGUAACUCUUAAUUGCCUGCCUCCCUCUGUGGAACCAAAGGUCUCGGAGCAUAUGCCCCAAAUCAUUGAUAUGAUUGAGAAGAUUCUUAAUAAUGGGUAUGCCUACAUUGUUGAUGGGGAUGUAUACUUUAAUGUAGAAAAAUUUCCAGAAUAUGGGAAACUAUCUAGUCGAGAUCUAGAAGAUAAUCGAGCUGGUGAGAGGGUUGCAGUUGAUUCAAGGAAGAAAAAUCCUGCUGAUUUUGCUCUGUGGAAGUCUGCAAAGCCAGGGGAGCCAUUUUGGGAGAGUCCCUGGGGUUCUGGAAGACCUGGGUGGCAUAUUGAAUGCAGUGCCAUGAGCGCUGCUUAUCUUGGGUACUCUUUUGACAUCCACGGUGGAGGAAUUGACCUUGUGUUUCCUCACCAUGAAAAUGAAAUUGCUCAGAGUUGUGCUGCAUGUAAGAAAAGUGAUAUAAGCGUAUGGAUGCACAAUGGUUUUGUCACCGUUGAUUCUGUGAAGAUGUCAAAAUCUUUGGGAAAUUUUUUCACAAUACGUCAGGUUAUAGACAUUUACCAUCCACUGGCCUUGAGAUAUUUUUUGAUGAGUGCCCAUUAUCGAUCUCCUGUUAACUACUCAAAUGUACAGCUUGAAAGUGCUUCAGAUCGUAUUUUUUAUAUAUAUGAGGUAUUACUUUCUUCAGGAAUUACCUUAUUUCUCCGUGCUUUGUGUUGUCUGUCUACGUUACACGAAUGUGAAAGCUUUUUGAAUCAGCAUGAUCAGACAAUUUUGAAGGAUUCCAUUCCACCAGAUACUUCGAAUAUUAUUGAUAAGUUCCAUGGUGUUUUUUUGACCUCAAUGUCGGAUGAUCUUCACACUCCAGUCGUAUUGGCUGGCAUGUCCGAUCCCUUAAAAUCAAUCAAUGAUUUGCUGCAUACCCGUAAGGGGAAAAAACAACAAUUUCGAUUAGAAUCACUUGCAGCUUUAGAGAAGAGCAUCAGGGAUGUCCUUCCUGUUUUAGGACUAAUGCCUGCAAGUUACUCUGAGGUUUUGCUGCAGCUGAAGGAAAAAGCUUUGAAGCGCGCAAACUUGACAGAAGACCAAGUCUUGCAGAAGAUUGAAGAACGGGCUGCUGCUCGAAUAGAAAGGGAGUAUGCUAAAUCGGAUGCAAUUAGGAAUGAUUUGGCUGUUCUUGGUAUUACUCUUAUGGACGGUCCAAAUGGUACAACUUGGAGGCCUACCAUUCCUCUUCCACUUCAGGAACUGCUCUAG